GCCCUGCCGGCGGCCGCCUCUCUUCGCCCAAGGAGUUGACAUUUUGCAGGACUCGCGCGACGUCCCGUCGUUGGCGCUCCCGGGACCCCGCCGCCGGGAGGAGGGGGCGGAGGAGGGUGGAGACUGCGGGGCUUGGCCAAGGAAGGCGCACAUCCUCGGGCGGGCGGCCGUGACGCGGCGGGGAUUAACUUUGCAUGAAUAAUGUGAGUGCGCUUGGAAAGGAGACCUUCUGCUCCCCGGGCUCGGGCAAGCGCGCCCGCCGGCUGCCUUCCCCGGGCAGGGGCGCCCAACCCCACCGGCUCCAGGGCACUGGUAAUUUGGCGAGAGGACCGCGCGGAGACAAGGAGAGAGAGGAAGGGAGAGAGCAAGGGAGAUAAACAUCCAUCGAUGCAAGAGAGAAGCAUCAAUUGGUUGCCUCCCAUAGGCGCCCAGACCAGGGAUUGUAUGCUCCCGGACUGGGGAUUGAACCCACCACCUAGAUCUGCGGUUUCCCUCCCACUGGCUGUCCUGUGUGGGUGCCAAGUUCCGCACGUGAUUUAAUGGAUCAGAAGGAGAUGUGAGUGAAAAAAAAGGUCCAGAAUGAUUACUAACCUAUGACUCCCAACAGUAUGACAGAAAAUGGCCUUCCAGCCUGGGACAAACCGAAACACUGUCCAGACCAAGAACACGACUGGAAGCUAGUAGGAAUGUCUGAAGCCUGCCUGCAUAGGAAGAGCCAUUCGGAGAGGCACAGCGCGUUGAAAAAUGAACAGUCCUCGCCACAUCUCAUCCAGACCACUUGGACUAGCUCAAUAUUCCACCUGGACCAUGAUGAUGUGAAUGAUCAGAGUAUCCCAAGUGCCCAGACCUUCCAAACAGAAGAGAAGAAAUGUAAAGGGUAUAUCCCCAGUUACUUAGACAAGGACGAGCUCUGUGUGGUGUGUGGUGACAAAGCCACUGGGUAUCACUACCGCUGCAUCACCUGUGAAGGCUGCAAGGGUUUCUUUAGAAGAACCAUUCAGAAGAAUCUCCAUCCAUCCUAUUCCUGUAAAUAUGAAGGAAAAUGUGUCAUAGACAAAGUUACACGAAAUCAGUGCCAGGAAUGUCGCUUUAAAAAAUGCAUCUACGUUGGCAUGGCAACAGAUUUGGUACUGGAUGACAGCAAGAGGCUGGCAAAGCGGAAGCUGAUUGAGGAGAACCGGGAGAAGAGACGGCGGGAGGAGCUGCAGAAAUCCAUUGGGCACAAGCCAGAGCCCACCGAUGAGGAGUGGGAGCUCAUCAAAACCGUCACCGAAGCCCACGUGGCCACCAACGCCCAAGGCAGCCACUGGAAGCAGAAACGGAAAUUCCUGCCAGAAGAUAUUGGACAAGCACCAAUAGUAAAUGCCCCAGAAGGUGGAAAGGUUGACUUGGAAGCCUUCAGCCAUUUUACAAAAAUCAUCACACCAGCAAUUACCAGAGUGGUGGAUUUUGCCAAAAAGUUGCCUAUGUUUUGUGAGCUGCCAUGUGAAGACCAGAUCAUCCUCCUCAAAGGCUGCUGCAUGGAGAUCAUGUCCCUUCGCGCUGCUGUGCGCUAUGACCCAGAAAGUGAGACUUUAACCCUGAAUGGGGAGAUGGCAGUGACGCGGGGCCAGCUGAAAAAUGGGGGUCUCGGGGUAGUGUCGGAUGCCAUCUUUGACCUGGGCAUGUCGCUGUCUUCUUUCAACCUGGAUGACACUGAAGUAGCUCUUCUUCAGGCUGUCCUGCUGAUGUCUUCAGAUCGCCCAGGGCUUGCCUGCGUUGAGAGAAUAGAAAAAUACCAAGAUAGUUUCCUGCUGGCCUUUGAACACUAUAUCAAUUACCGAAAACACCACGUGACACACUUUUGGCCAAAACUCCUGAUGAAAGUGACAGACCUGCGGAUGAUCGGAGCCUGCCAUGCCAGCCGCUUCCUGCACAUGAAGGUGGAAUGCCCCACGGAACUCUUCCCACCGUUGUUCCUGGAAGUGUUUGAGGAUUAGACUGGCUGACUUCGUUCUCAUAAUUCCUACAGCACUACUGGGUGUCAUUUCAUUCCAUUGCCUAGAUCUUUUUUGUUUGUUCCUUUGUUUCUUUGUGUUGGGAGGGAUCGCUUAGGGGAAAAGGGAGAUAGACAUGUUGGCAUAGACAUGGAUGAAAUUGCCCCUUGAAUGCGGGUACUUUUAACUAUUGCAUUUUGUUCUCCAGUCCUUUGAUGUGAAUGCUUUGAAGGUUUUACAGCUAUGGAGGUGGGGUGAGGACCAUCAUUCAUUCACCAGCACCAAGCCGUCACCAGCUCCCAUCUGUCCCUGGUCAGAGACUCAAGCAAGCAAAAUGGCACAGCAGAAGAAGGCUAAAGAAGCCUUAAAACCAAGAUAAUGUGGUCGUCUCGACUCAAUUCUGAUUUUUGCAGCACUCAAAUUAGCAAGACACAGACCACCUUUGGUUAGAUGUGGCUUUCAGCUUUCCAAGGAAAGUCUGAACAAAUUUCUGUUUAUCCUAGAGCAUGCUGUCUUCAGCACUCUUCCUUCUCUCCUAGCAGCAUUCCUUGGAAUGUACAGAAAUAUUUGUUCCCCAACAUCAGUUGUUCUUUCACUGGAAAUCUUAAAAUCCUAUGAUUUAAUUCAAGUUAUACAAGUCGUGACUCGAAGAUAUACAGGUACUUGACUGAAUGAGACCAACAAGGAAAACCGUUUUCUUCUGUGAGUCCAAAGAAUUUAGAAAUCUUUAUCAAUGUCAGUGAUUCAACAAUUUCCAAAAAUUCACAUAGCAUUACCUCAUAGGAGAAAGGCUUCUUUACAGUUAUGGCUCAGAGAAAAUUUCCAUAAAAAUUAAGCCUAUUUACAGAGUGUUGUCAGUUUUCAAUGACAUCUGAUCCAUCAUCUCCCAAACUCCUGAAGGUAUUUAUCCUGAUUGCAUUUUUGCUGAGCUGACAACAGAUUUCCCUAUGGAUUAAAUCUUCUAAUCAAGGAGAGAUAAUGAGCUGAAAUUUGAGUCUUGUGGAGGAAUUCUGAGGAGAGAUUAGUGCGGUUACAUUCUAAGUGGAAGGAAAUGCAGUGAUCUGAGAGCCCCCUUCAUGUACUGAUGGUUGGAGGAGGCUUUCUUCUGCUCUUGGAUCCUCAAGCUCUUUUCUCUACUCACAGAUGUUUCCUAGUCUCCUUUUCCCUCUGACUCUGUGGCUUGACUGUUGCUAAACAAAGGCCGGUCCAGCCACGGACCCACUCUGUCCCUGUUGUAGCAUUGCCCUGAGAUAUUCAACAGAAAACGCCCACAGACCAUGACCAUGACCCCUCACUCAUCUUCCCUACCCAGCCCACCUCCUUGAUGACAAACGUUGGAACAGCUUGUACCCAGAAAACAAAUGGUGAUGCCUCAUCACUUCAGCUUCAGAAAAUGGGCAAAGAAUGUACCCACGCAAUUGAAUGUAUCUCAUUCUUCUUCACUGGCAUAGUAGAUAUACACAAUUCCUUAGCCUGCCUUGUACUGCCUUAUCCUGGAAAUACUGGGGAAAACAAGCCAUAUCAGCAAGAUUUACCUAAAAAUGAAGGAAUGAAAGUCACUGUGAAAACCAAGUAGGCUAAUUUUUUUUUAAGGUGGUCCAGAAGUCUGUGUGCCAGAGUUCUAGUUUGUGCUCUGUCAACUGGUAGAUUUGUGACCUUGGUAGAUUUGGUCUUGGUUUUCUCACCUUGGGUCUUGGUGGAUAAAUCAUACACUCUAAACUCCUUCUUGUCCUUAAUACUCUACUAAUUUCGGCGGGGGGGGGGAGGGGUGCCACGGGAUCUGGCUCUUUUGAUGGUUUCUUUCAUAUUCAAAUUUCUACCUUUAUUAGACAAAAACUAUGGCCCUUUUAAUAGAUAUGGAAAUUGUAUUUGGUAUUGAUUCAAAAUAAGAAUUUGACACACUACUCAUCAGCUAUGUAGGGAAAGGCAGAACAGCCUUGGAAACGGAAGAGGAACAGCAUCAAAAAUCCCAAGUGUGACUGGAAAUAAUCUGAGAGGAAAAUUAUACAUUUAACGCACUAAAGCAAUUAUAUCGGCUUCUGGGGAAAGGAAACAAGAACACCGCUAUGGAACUUGCUAACCACAGAAAAAAAGUAGACGAAGAGAUUAAAAGUAUAAACAUGCAGUUCUUGGGCAGACACCUGCUUUGACUUAUCUACAGAGAGUUUUUGAUUUUGUUCUCUCUAGGCAGCCUCUAGCUUAAGCCUUUGCUUUGUUAACAUCUCAGCUCCCUCUGUUGACUCCCUUUGAAACACAACCCCUCAGUCACCUUCUGGCUCCUGGGUAACUCUGAGAAGCUUUGUGGUGUGGGGCAAGUUUUCCCUCAGAAGGGAAUGAGCAGAGGCAAGCAGGCAGGGUAUGGGAGGUUCACAGACUCCUUGGGCAUCAAGCCUUCCCGAGAAAGCCUCCUUGAUUUGUUUGACAGAGAUUCCCUCAUACUUUAGCCACACUCAGAUUCAAAUAUAAGUAUGAAGCCUGAUCUAAAGCAAAAUCGGAAUGUUUUGUGGACUAACCAUGACCAAGCAUUGGCCAAAAGGGAAUCCAGCCAGCCCCAAGUAAAUGUAUGUUUGAUCCUCAGCUUCUUAAAUGAUUGCCCUAAAGAGACAAACGACUGAUCUCAAGAUCUUGUUGAUGCUGAGGAGGACAAGCCUUAAAGUACUUCAAGUUGAAAGGAAAGGUUAGAAGAACUCAAAGGAUUAUGAUGCCAGUGGUCAAAGUGACUCAUUUCUUCUGUAACUGAUUGAGGAACCUAGUACAUCUCAAGACUCCAUCUCAUAAAACCCAAUUAGGAGGGAUUUGCUCUGGAUUUUUUUUUUUUUUAACAUUUUUUAAAAAUAUUGUCCGGACUGUCAGAUCAAGUGUGGACUUGACUGAAACCCCUCACAGUGGGGAGACAUCCCAGUAGAGGAGAACACACCUGUACAACUGGGAUUCUUAUUUAUAAAUCACUUAACUUUUGGGGAUGAGUGGUAGGGGUGUGUGUGUGUGUGUGUGUGUGUGUGUGUGUGUGUUACCCUCAAGUGUACUUUGCUCUUCGAUUUAGACAUGCAGUAUUUUCAGAAAUAGUGAGAAAAGUGAGAUCUUUUCUUCUUUAUGAUCUGCUCAAUACACCAUGUGCCACCUUAGAGCUUUUCCUAGUCAAGCGAGCCUCUGUCGUCAAUGACGCACUUUGCCGCAUUGAUGCCUCAGCCCAAUGAUGUCUCCCUCACCUGUGCCCAAGUGACACCUCUUUGGUUUCCAGCGCUAUCAUCUUCAUCGAGGUGGACCACCAGGCUUGGCUGGGCUCCAGGAACACCAUUCUCGUGGCUCUUCCAUGAACAGGUGUGCAAGCCUUGGCCCCUCCUCAACACUAAACCCCCCCAAAACUCAGCCUCCAUGGAACUGCUGAGUGCCCUCAAGGCAUGUCAUUGUCAGUGAUACAUUUUUAUUCUGUGAAACUCUAACCUAUUCGUGUCAUAUUGACCUUUUGCUGCAUGAGUCAUAAAUUAUGAAAUCAGUCUUAUGGUUUUUGAAAUGUAGCCAGCAUUUGUAAGGCUAAACCUUUUUCAUGAACUGAAUUUAAGUGAGUAACCAAGCCACAGUUCCUCUUCAAAAGGAGAGUGCUUACAGACAUUUGAAUCUCUUUGCCCUUUCCAAAGGCUAUGGCAUCAGGUUCUAAAAUAAGCUCGUAAUUUUUCCUGUUAUUUUAAUAAUAUGGAAAUAGUAGCAUAGUGUUUCUUUUCAUAGUGAUAGACUAUAAUCCAUAUUUAAAUUUUAUAGAGAAGAAAUUUUAUUGUACUGUGAUGUAGAUAUUUAUUAUCCAGGUAAGGAUUUGCCCGGUGUGUAUUUUUUACAAUUGAAAUGUUUUACUUUAAUCUUUAAAAAAAAAAUACAUGAAAAACACAUGCAAAAAAAAAAAAACAGACUAGCGGGGAAAAAAGGUUUGGCCUUAUCACAGAAUUUUUACUGUGCUGUAUAAAUGUUUGCAAAUGCAAAAAGAGUGCAUUUCUAGUGUGUCUCCACAUUAAUUAAUUAAUGCCGCCUUCAAGAGCAAUAUCGUGCAGGUAAAACACUGUUUGUGGCUUUCUGUUGCACAGUUAAAGCUGACCCACCUUAUGCAUAAGACAAUCAAAUAUAAAUUUGUCCUCCUCAGGAUUCAGAUAAUACUCAAGUAAAUUAUGGAGCACAAUGUAAGACAAUAGAAGACACUUUACUUAAUUACGCAUGUACUGUUGAUACAGAAGAUACCAGGGCAUGAAUGAGCGGACAUUACCCCACUUUUCUUUUGGUUUCCCUAAUUAACUUCACACUCUCAUUCAAUUAUAGAGCCAAAUUAGAAAUCUAUGCUUUCUUCAGAGAAAACGCAUUUCCCCCCUAAUGUUUUCAUGCCCUAAGAAUUAUAAAAAUACUACAGAAUAGGAGAUUUACAGUCAUCAGAAGGUCUGUGUUUUGCAAACAGUGUUAAGUGAUAUUGCUAGAUAAGUAAUAUUUUUUUCAGCCUAAAACUGUUGAAAUCUGUGAUCAAAAUGUUUUAAACUGUCCAAAAAGAAAAUUUGUAUAUUUGGGAAAAAUGGAUUUUUACAUAGCUUUUGUAUGCAGACAUUAAAUUGUAAUUAUGAAUAUAGUG